AUGAAACUUAGGCGAGGAGAACGGCCGCCAGUAGCUGAAGCAUCAUCGUCCACGGAACUUGCGCGCCCUGGACAAGCCGACAACACGACGUCGAACACCUCCGCCGGACGUCGAACCUGGCCAUCGAGCAGGACGGCUUGUGCGCGACGCCAACCCAAUCCUCCAGACCGAUGUCCACGCCGUCCGCCAGCCCGCCUCGGCCGGGACUCGAAGUUGCAGAAGCCGGAUGCGGAAGCGUUGAGGCUAGAACAGGUUUGA